UGUGAGUAAGUGUGUGUUUUGCUCAGGUAACGCCAGGAUUAAUCGAGUUGGACUUUUUGAAGUGGAAGCUAUUUUGAAGCCGUUAGUGUCUCGUUGGAUGGUAAUCUGAUUGAGCAAGAUUUGACGUGGUUAUGAGUGAUCGGAGUGCUUUAUGGGGCGUUGCAGCUGAAGGAUGUUGAUUUAAGAAUGUCGAGAAUGUUGCACUCCCGAACAUCCACGAAAUCCCCCUGCGCUGGCUAGAUCUCUGCGAUGAAGACCCGCUGACCCGACGCACUCUAGACUAGACCAUGGAAUACAGCAACCAAACCGAAAAUGAUAGCUUCGUCAACUGCCAGUUACUCCACCCUUCCAGCCCGCUCGCCUCCGUGUAUUUCCAGAGCGCCGUUUAUUCCAUGUACGCUGUCAUAUUUGUGGUGGCGCUAAUCGGCAACAGCUUCGUGUGCUACAUGGUUCUGUCAUCACCGCGAAUGCGAACUGUAACAAACUACUUUAUAAUGAAUCUGGCAAUCGGCGAUAUGUUGAUCACCAUCCUGUGCGUUCCCUUCACUUCCGUGUCGCUUCUCAAGCAGUACUGGCCCUUCGGCAGCGUGCUGUGUCCUGUCGUCAACUACUCGCAGGCUCUCGCCGUCUUCGUCAGCGCUUACACCCUCGUGGCCAUCAGCAUCGACAGAUACAUGAUCAUCAUGUGGCCCAUGAAGCCGCGGAUUUCCAAGAGCUUCGCCACCUCCAUCAUCGCCCUAGUGUGGCUAAUCGCCGGGAUCACCGUGCUGCCGACGGGCACCUUCGCCACGCUUUCCAACAACAACUACACCCUGGGGACGGACAUCUACGAGAAAUGCGACAUGUACAUCUGCCUCGAAGACUACUCAAACGUCGGCGUGGAGUACGGCCGCAUGUACACAACAAUCCUGAUGUUCCUCCAGUACAUAAUUCCCUCGGUGGUCCUCCUCUUCACCUACACCAGCAUCGGAGUGGUGAUAUGGUGCCAUCGCAUACCCGGAGAAGCGGAAAACUCGCGCGAUCAGAGAAUCGCCAGAUCGAAAACUAAGAUGAUUAAAAUGAUGGUCAUCGUCGUUUGUGGAUACACACUUUGCUGGCUCCCCUACAAUAUUCUACUGGUUGUCAAAGAGAUGAUUAGUCCGGGGGUUAUGAUCUACUUAUAUUUUCCACUACACGGUCUGGCGAUGUCACAUGCUUGCUACAAUCCCAUCAUUUACUGCUACAUGAAUGCUAGAUUUCGAGAUGGGCUGGUGCAAGUGCUGCGGUCUAUACCAGGACUGCGGAGAUGUGUAAAUCCAUUAUCGACGUCGUCGGGAUUUCCACACACAGGGAUGGAAGGCAGCACUGAAAGUACAUUUCUCCAGAGAACGAACACCUGUACAACGUAUAUCAGUAUGAAGCGCAAGAACUGUAAUCGGACGUCCACCUGCAACCACCAGCUGCCGGUGCGGUCGGCGUCUUUGUUGAGGACCUCGAACUCGCACAACGGGGUCCGGAGGAUAAGGUACCCCCCGAACGUCCUCGACGAACAGAUGUAAAGUGUGUUUACGAAGUAUAUGUGAUUAAUUUAAUUUAAGUUAAGACUAAGUUAAAGAAUACAUGUCCAAUUUAUGUAGUUCCGAAAUGACACAUUUUGUUUAUUAAAUGAUUAGAGAAC